GUCCUCCUUCAUUCCGUUCCAGACGGAGCAGAUCAAGAGAGCCAACCGGCUGUACACCAACGACUCCAUCUUCCUGAAGAAGACACUCUACAUCCCGGUCCCGGUGGAUCCCAAAGGGCUGGCCAAUGGACUCGACCUGGACGAAGAGGAGGAGGAGGAAGAGGCGGACAAAGAAGAAGCCGGGAACGGUCAACCCGAUAAUACCAAGCGGCCGAAGGCCCAGAGAAAUAACGGGGCCUCCUCGUCGUCCGCCCCCAAGCACGACCUCUCGGCCGCCGACUUCCUCUUCAAGCUGGACUCUGAGAUCCGUCGCUCCAAGCAGGUCGCCACCAAGAAACUGCGGGAGGGAGAGGCCGCGGCUCCCGAGAACGAGCCAGGAUCGGUCCCCGCGACCUCCUCCUAUCAGAACGAGCUUUCUCCCCGCGCCCAGCAGCGUGCGGUCCUGGGGCCCGUGCCCCUCACCAAAAUCGCCCGCGCCGACACCCUCCGGGAUCAAGAGGACGAGAUCUUCAAGCUUUGAUGUCCGCCGCUUUCCCCGCCUCUCUGCGACAAUCCGCGGGACUCUGGUGACAUCGGGUCCGCCUUUAGUGAAGGCGUCCCUCCCCCCCCCCUUCCCCCCUUGGGUGCUAGGCCUCCGGAAAGGGUCAAAGAGUUUUAGGUUCCUUGGAAAUCCCAAGAUCGCGGGCGGACUUUGAAAAGGUGCAGGAGAAAAUUGGCCCAAGGGUGAUCCUCUUGGCUCAGGUCGGUGUCCCGACCCGGCCCUUUUGUGUGCUCGUGUGAGUUGAGUUCAUGUUUUGUGUGUCCCUUUUCCUUUCUUUGCACUGGAUUUUACGUGCCGUUAUUUAUUGCCUUCGUAACCCAAGUGCUUUCCAACCCCUCCGGGCUCCUGUCCUUGUGUGUUCUCGAGCCCGAGAAGAAACGUCCUACGAUCCUUGCCGGUCGGCCGUUGCUGCGGCGGGGAGAUCAGUAUUAUCGGAACUGGGUGGGAACAUUGAAAAUGCGGGAGUGUCCCUCUGCUCCGGUUUGGGAGGGGGGGGGAGUGCUCAGGUGGGCCCAGGUAAAGGAGGGGGGCAGGCACAGUUGUCUUCUGUUUGGGAACCCUCCCAUUUUUUGGGGGGCCCUGUGUGUUUCCCAGCUGCCUGGGGACGUCGUUUUAGGAGACCCAGGAAUGCUUGUAUUGCAAACCCUGUGAUUAAAUGACCGGCAAGUUUUGCUGA